AAUUGAUCGUCUAAUGAAGUCGGAUCGACGGGCCAACCCUACUUCCAACCCAAAUCCCAAACCCAUAUUUUUCUUCUACUUUGUUUGUGUCCAGUUGUCUAGCGUUGUCUCUCUCUUUGUCUGGGACAGUCACAGAAGGGAACGCUACAGAGAUAGAAAGUAAUACAUAGGAGAGACGAAUGAAAAUUUUCAUCUUCUCAAAUCCAAGGAAUUAAAGUCUGCAAAAGGGUUCUGAAAUGUUUAGUUGGUUUGGAAUAAAUAAUGCAGAUGCAAGGAAGGAGGAUAUCGGCCAGCCAUAGGCCGUGGCCAUGCAAUGGGAGGAGGCUCUCAUUCUUGGCUAAUAAGAAGAGGCCUCGUCCUGAUGCUUAUGUCAAUACCUUCAAUAAGCUACUCAGGCGUGAAAUUUCUUCAAAGCCCUGUUUUUCUAUCUCAAAUGCCCACGAGAAGUUCCGCAACAUGCGUUUGAUGGAGGAAUAUGACAUGCAUGAUUCCAAAGGCCAUUGUCCAGUAGCACUGCCCUUUUUGAUGAAGAGGAUGAAAGUAAUCGAGAUAGUGGCUGCACGUGACAUUGUUUUUGCUCUUGCACAUUCUGGUGUAUGUGCUGCUUUUAACAGAGUGAAAAACAAGAGGAUAUGUUUUGUAAAUGUUUGUCCUGAUGAAGUCAUCCGAAGCUUGUUCUAUAACAAGAAUAAUGAUUCACUUAUUACAGUUUCUGUAAAUGCUUCUGACAACUUCAGCUCUUUGAAGUGCAGAUCUACAAAGAUUGAAUAUAUUCGGAGGGGUAAACCAGAUGCAGGUUUCGCCCUUUUUGAAUCAGAAUCUUUGAAGUGGCCUGGCUUUGUAGAGUUUGAUGAUGUUAAUGGAAAGGUGCUAACUUACUCUGCGCAAGAUAGCAUAUACAAGGUGUUUGAUCUCAAAAACUAUACCAUGCUGUACUCUAUAUCAGAUACGCAUGUAAAUGAAAUUAAGAUCAGUCCAGGUAUCAUGUUAUUGAUUUUCAGUAGGGCUAGUGGUCACAUUCCUCUUAAGAUUCUCUCCAUAGAAGAUGGGACAGUUCUCAAAACCUUCAAACAUCUACUUCAUCGAAAUAAGAAGGUAGACUUCAUUGAACAAUUCAAUGAGAAGCUUCUUGUUAAGCAAGAAAAUGAAAACCUCCAGAUUCUUGACGUUCGAAGCUCUGAGCUGAUGGAAGUUAGCAGAACUGAAUUCAUGACUCCAUCAGCAUUCAUUUUUCUGUAUGAAAACCAGUUGUUCCUCACAUUUAGAAAUCGGACUGUUGCUGUUUGGAACUUUCGUGGAGAGCUUGUAACCUCAUUUGAGGAUCACCUCUUAUGGCAUCUUGACUGUAACACAAAUAACAUUUAUAUAACCAGUGACCAAGAUCUUAUUAUUUCUUACUGCAAGGCAGAAUCUGAUGAUCAGUGGAUGGAAGGAAAUGCUGGAUCUAUCAAUAUCAGCAAUAUCUUGACCGGAAAAUGCGUGGCUAAAAUAAAUGCAUCAAAUGGAAGCCCCAAAGUUGACAGCUCGCAGAUGAGAAGCACAGUUGCAGAAGCUUUAGAAGACAUAACUGCCCUUUUCUAUGAUGAAGAGCGGAAUGAGAUCUACACUGGAAACAGACAAGGUUUAAUUCAUGUAUGGUCCAAUUGAGGAUCAGAUGGUUCCAUUACAGGCUUUCUGCUUCAGAUGUAAAGCUUCAGCCUUGAGCCAAAUUGAAGAGUUUUAUUAUCUGUAAACUUGAGCGUAUUCUUUUAGUUUGCCUGCCAAAGUUUAGCGUAUUAUGGUUUUGCCUUUUUGUAAUGGGAGUGAGAUAUUGACCAUGAAUUGAAUACGAUAUGAAUGUUGAUUGUGAAUUUAAAUUUUAGUGCUAGAGAAAGAUGUGUUGCUGAACUAUCUUGAUUUGAAAAUGUAUAUUUGUGAUUAACAGUAUUAAUUGUGGCACUAAGUUUAAAGAUUGCAACUCAAAUUUAGGACACAUAAAACCAUGUCCUGACUGUGAAACACAAUUGGCGAAAUCUAAAUAAUGAAGUAGAUUCUGGGCCUGCAUUCAUGUUCAAGUGCGCAAGCAGUUGCUCUUAAAUUAGUUACUGCUUUAAGCAUAUCCUGUUUGGAGAAACUCAGAAUGAUGACUUAAUAAGUUUUCCUUCUCAAAAAAUGGAUGCAUGAAGAGUUAGAAGCGUGCACGCAGACAUAAACUAGAAUUCAAAAAUAGAUUGGACAUUUGGACAAAUUAUGUACCACCGGCAUCUGUUGCUGUUUUUGCUUUGCAACUGCUUUUCUGUUGCAUAAGGUAUAUUAUAUGCUGUUUUCUGAUGCUUGGUCAGCUUCAUAUACAACAGUACAUCCAAAAAGAAGGCAAAAAACCAAAGGAUCCUUACAUUUCCAACCCACUCAUUGGCUGCAACUUAUUACAGUAGCCCCAUCUCUUGCUUUACUGAUCAGGGCAAGCUUGCAUCCACGCUCAUUAGUGCACCUACAAUAGUUUGGCGCACAAAAUAUGGUAACAAGCUGCCUUUCCGCAAAAAAUUCAUAACCAUCUUCCACCCAUCAAUUGUUUUCAGUAGGAAGAUGAGUCAAUCCCUCUUUUUUAAUGUAUAUUACCAAGAAAAAACUAAAGCAACACAUUAUUGUUUAACUGAUACAGUGGAAAACAUGAGAAAGACCUGAUGAGCACGGCAUAUGAGAUCAAAGGUCAUGUUUCUUUAAGGACUCGGCUACCUUGUCGGCUCCAAAGAUAUUAUAGGAGACGCCCCUAUCAUUCUCACCCCAACGCACUGAU